AUGGCGGCGCGAGGUCGAGCUAAGCUUGACCUAUCCGAUCAACAUGUUUGUACCUGCCGUGUCAACAGGUGUCGGGAAGGAGAAUGCGCUCAUCCACUGACCGGAGCCACCACAAACGGCCAGCUUGUUGACCGCCGCACGCUCGAGAUACACAGGAGCCAGGACGAGCGGCAGAGGGUGAAGGAAGAGGCUGCGAAAGCUCGUGCAGCCCGCUUGGCACCUACGGCGAUUCCCACAGACUCCUUCCCCACAUUCUUCGAGACGCAGUGCACUACCAAGAUCCGUGAUCUUAAGGAGCAGUUAAGCAGGGUUCAACCGCUCACCAUGUCCGCCGAGGACUACAUCUUUCGCGAACCGCCUACCAGCUCAACGUUGUCGGCCGCCGACGUCGGUCCUCACUUGCUCGACCCAAAUGCUUCCUCCAACGCCCCCUUCCUCCAGAGGCUGGAAUACCUCCACCAUUUCACCUCACAGGUGAAGGAGCUUGAUGCCUCUCAGUGGCCCCGCGCUCUGGACGAGAAAAACGGAUUGCUCUUGUUCAUCGAUGCGAAGCUUGUGGCGCUCGCAAACUCGCUCUCUCUGGCCUACUUCACACAGGCUACCACUCACGAGGCCACGGUCGCGGCCGCGGCCGUCGAACGUCGCUCCGAUCCGUCGAUAUUUGACACAAGCCUUUUCGCUUACCGCCCUCUGGAGGAGUCGGCGUCUCUCGUGUCCGCCGUUUGCGUUAUUGCCACAGCGUCCUUGCUCCUUCUGGGGCUGUCGGAAGAGAAGUGUCGAUUUAUUCUCGACAGUCUUGGCUUUGUCGUACGACUAGCCCUGCGAAAAGCCGUCGUGCCUACUGCUAAGAUAUCCGAGCUUACCGAUGGCAUACCGCAUGUCCCCAGGGUCGCUGUGAAGAACCUCCAUCUCCGAGAGGCAAUAAAGUACACGUCGCACGUCAGCUGUCCAGCUUGCUUUGCUUGCUAUGAUGAUAAUGGGUUAGACUCCUACCCCGCGCGGUGCACGAAACGCAAGACACCGGACGUUGCGCCUUGCGAAGAACCACUCACACGUCAGCGAACCUUCGCCGGUCAGACCUGGACGUACCCUGCCCGCCGUAUCCUCAUACAAGAUCUAAAGGCUUGGGUAGCGUGGCUCUUGAGCCGGCCAGGCAUGGUGGAUGCUCUGAUUGGCGAGGCCCAGCUCAAAGCAGAGAUGGGGGACAUCUGGGACGCGUACGAGCUGUCGACAUUCCUAGGACCCGAUGGAAAGACUCCUUUCAUGACCGUGCAGGCGGGCGAGAUCAGGCUCGUGUUCGCGCUAAACGUAGAUGGUUUCAACCCAUUCCAGAUGAAAGAGGCCGGGAGAAAGGCCACCACGACGGCAAUGUACAUGAUUUGUCUCAACUUGCCCCCCUCAUUGCGUUACCGCGUCGAGAACAUGUUCCUCGUGGGCCUUAUUCCUGGGCCAAACUCUCCGUCAACUUCGCAGAUCAACAGCGUCCUAGCCAUCCUGGUUGACAUGCUCUUGCCGUUCUGGGAGAGUGGCAUAACAUACUCUCGCUUUCCUCGCCAUGAAAACGGCGUUGUUGUUCGCCUGGCGCUGCUCCUUGUGGUCUGCGAUACCCCCGCUGCACGCCAGAUUUCAGGUUUCGGUGCCCACAAUCAUACCUACUUCUGUCCCUACUGCCUCUUGCCAUACGACGAUCGGAACAAUCUCGAUGAGAAGAAAUGGCCACCACGAGACCUACCGUCCCACAAAGACUGUGCGGAUAGGUGGAUUCGCGCGCGUACCGCGGCAGAACGCGAGAGGGUGUUCGCAGAGUCCGGCGUCCGUUACUCUGCCCUUUUGGAUCUUCCGUACUGGAUCCCCUCACGCUUUACUGUCAUCGACAUGAUGCACGCCCUAUUCAAAGGCAAUCUGAAGCGUUACUGUCGAACUUUCUUGGGCAUGUCGGCUACCCGUGACGACGGCGACGGCACCUUCUCCGACCCCGUGCACCUUGGACCUCACGAUCAUCUUUUGGACGAGCUUUGGCUGCACGUCAAGUUUUCGCCUGCCGCCGAGUUAGGGAAGAUGAAACUGGAGCACUUGCGAGCACUCGUUGUGCGUGAGAACGUGCCGAGACCUCUCAUCGUAGGGCGCAAUAAGAACACGAAGAAGCCAUACGUCGAUGCCUUGAUUGCACAUCGCAUACGGAAGACGUGGUUUGAUGAAGGCGGUACGAGGCUGCAUGACCCCGGCGCAGCCGAGGUACCCCGCCCCUUAUCAGAGAUACAUGAUAUGCCUCAUCCUUCCGAACUUGCUUCCUUUCGCGAGUACUUCCACUGCGCCCCAGAGCUCCAAUACUUCUCUGAAUUCCCCAAACGACUGCUGAGGGCGGGCCUUGUUGACGUGCUGCAGCUCGGUCGUCAUGAUCCAGCGCGCGAUGCAUUGAAGAAGCUCAAAAAGCCCGAGUUGUUGGAGAGGAUACAACGUGCGCGUCAAGAACGCGGAGUUGUCGAUUACAGAUACGAAUUGGUCAGCCCCGAUCCCACACGAUUCAUCGAGGCCUUUCAUCUGUACGCGGGACGUGCGUCGAAGAAAACAGCAGUGCUCGGAAAGCUCCGCUUACAAGAGAUAUGGAGGGACAUGGGGCUUACGGUCAUUCCCGAGUGGAUGGGCAAGGCUCCCUUCCAUAUCGGAGAUGGGAAGCACCGCAAGGUCUCAGCCGACGACUGGAGGCUUUUCGUUCUCACCAACCUCGUGGUCACCAUGGUUCGGCUUUGGGGCGGUCUCGAUGCAAACUCUCGCGAAAGGCUCUUGCUCGAUAAUCUCAUGCACCUUGUCACGGCCACCAAGCUUGCCGCGUCCCGGAAGAUGACCACAAGUCGGGUCAGGCAAUACGUCCAGCACAUGCGUGCUUGGCUCGCAGGGCUCCGCGAGCUCUUUCCCGGCAUUUCCCUCGAAUCGAAUCAGCACCUGUCGCUUCAUUUGCCCUUUUUCCUCCUCAUUCUGGGACCUACUCACGCCUGGCGCUGCUUUGUAUUUGAGCGCUGGAACUAUAUGCUGCAGUUAAUCAACACGAACAACCAUCUCGGCGAAAUAGAACUCACCAUGUUUGAUCGGUUCACGCUGCAGCAGCGUCUACGGGCUUUGGUGUAUGAUGGCGGGCUAGGCCCGGAUCUCAAAGAGCUCGAACCGAUCUUCCAGCGCCUUCUCGACAGAGAUAAGCGCGGUACCAUGCUGAACGAUAUUCUUGCCUUCGAUGAAGACGCCACGCCAUCCCUGGCCCCAAUACCUCCUCGAAGGUUCAAAGCGGCUGUUUUCGUACGAGAUGUGCUGCAGAAGCUAGCAGACAUCAUACAUCGCAAGACAGGCGUCGCCCUCCUAGCAUCCGUCCUUCAGCCCAUCGAGCAAAAGAAGAUCGAAGUUGGGCCGGUCACGUAUAGUAUCGACUCUCCGAACUGCUUCGUUGCCGUUGGGAGCGAGUUGACGCCUAAUUGGAAGCUCGCUAGGAUACAACGUCUUUUCACCCAUAGCGCCAGCAUCCCUGGUUACGCCACAAAGAUCGAAGGCAGAUACGCGGUCGUGCAGUACUUCCGUCCUCUUACUGAUCCGGAAGCCACGAUGGACCAUUACCGUCGGUGGCCUGUGGUGGGCGGCAAGCUGUUCCAUGCCGAACUCUUACCAGACGAACAUGUUAUACCUAUGGAAGACAUAUUGAGCCACUGCUGCGUCACGCAGUGGGAUGCCUGGGAUGGAAUCGACGGCCCUGUCAUCUUGGGCCUCCCUGCUGAUCGCGAUUAG